CGUUGGUAUAUAAAUGAUGCCUGAUGAAUCCGUUUCGAUUUGAAUCGCCUGUUGACUUUUUCCUCGUCGAGAAUUAAAUAAAUUCCCGUUUCUCGCGCAAGUGUCGUCAUUUAUUCAUUUGUUUCUCUCAAAGUUAUUCUAGUAUUCUAGUUCAAUUUUUGAUUUGCAAUCAAUCUCAAUCCGAUUGGGUCACAAUGGUUGACAGUGAUGACGAAUACGAAAGAAGGAAUCGUGAUAAGUUCCGUCAUGAAAGAAAUGAUUAUGAUCAGAGGGAUGAUCGUAGAGGGAGAGAUCAAACUAAAUCAAAUUGGACGAAGCAGUCGAGGGACAGAAGAGACAAUGACAGAAACCAUAGAGAUCGCAGAAGUCCACCAAGAAAUGAUUCCAGUCCCCAAGUCAAGAGAUUAAGAAGAGAUUGGGAUGACGGUUAUCACCAUUAUGAGGGACAUUAUGGACCUCGUUUGCAUGGACCACCCCCUCCCAUAUGGAAUCCCACCUCUCCACCUGAAGUACCUCAUCCUCAUGCGAACACUGCUCCUAAAGUGCCUGAAGUUGACUACCCGACCCAGCCACCAAUGAUGUCAUUCAAGCACUUCCUGGCCACACAGGAUGACAACAUCACCGAUGAGGAGAGCAUAAGAAUGUACAACGAUUACAAGAUGGACUUCAAGAAGGAACAGAUCAAGGAAUUCUUUGUUCAACAUAAAGAUGAGGAAUGGUUCCGAUCAAAGUACCAUCCAGAUGAAUACAAUUUGAGGCAGGAGGAGAUGAAGGCGUCAUUGAAGAAGAGGUGCAGUGUUUUCAAGAAGCUCAUGCAGUUGAACAUCGUGCCGUCGGUUUUGUUGGAUAUGACAUGCACAUCUGAGCUAAUCAAACUGCUUGAUUCUGCUGUAAUCUUAAUGGAAGAUGGAACAGAAUUUGACUUGAGUGUACUUGGCAGCCCUGAUGAAGCAUGUGAAGCAUCCACUCCAGCUGCAACUGCUGUUCCUAAGAACAACAUCGAAAAAACCGUUAAGAUAGAGAACAAGGACAGCCAGGAAAAAUCAGAAACAGAGGAGUGCAAAGAGGUUGAAGUGAAAAAGGAAUCUUCUGAGAAAACGCCAGCUGAUUCAGGGAAAGAUAUUGAGGUGAAAAAGGAGCUGAAGAAAAAGAAAUUAAACAGUGACGACAAGAAAGGUGGUGAUGAAGAAGAGGAGGAUGGGAGUAUUGGUAGUGAGGCUAGUGAUGAAGAGGAUGUUGAUAAAGAGAAAUCAGAUGUAAAGAUGGAAGAAGAUACAUCAAAGAAAACUGAUGAAGAAGCAGAAACGCCAAUGGAUGUUUCCGAGGAGAAGCCGAGAGCCCUGCAUAAAACACAAUCCAUCUUUCUACGCAACCUCAUCCCAACCAUCACUAAGCAAGAAGUUGAAGCUAUGUGCAGGAGGUACCCCGGCUACAUGAGAGUCAGCAUACAAGAUCCACAACCUGAACGACGAUUUGCAAGGAGAGGUUGGAUCACCUUCGACAGAACUGUCAAUGUCAAGGACAUUUGUUGGAACCUCAACAACAUUCGGUUGCGAGAUUGUGACAUGGGAGCCAUAGUGAACAGAGAACUUCGUCAGAGGGUGCGUCCUGUAAAUGGUCUGACAGUUCACAAGGCAGUUGCUCGCCAAGAUAUCAAACACGCUGCCAAGAUCAUCCAGACCCUGGACAACAGAUGGAACAUGUGGUGUGAUAAUGAAGGUGACAAAUCUGACAAAGAAAAUUUUGGAUUUGUAACGAACAACCCAGUGUUGAAAAACAUUACUGAUUUUCUCGUCGAUGAAGUUGAUUAUGAGGAUGAACUUCUAGGUUCAGAAGCAGUAAAAGAUAAGGAUGGCAACUCAGAGAUAAGCAUAGAUAGAGAUGACGAGCUGUUGAAAGUUUUGGACAAGAUGUUACUCUAUCUGAGAAUUGUAUACUCCAUUGAUUUCUAUGGAGCUUUUGAAUACCCAAAUGAGGAUGAAAUGCCCCACAGGUGUGGCAUCAUUCACGCCAGGGGGCUCAAUACUGUGGCCAAGAUCACGCAAACAGACGUGACAGAAUGGAUGACAUCAUUUGAGAGCAAGAUAGCUCCAUUUCUCAAUCCAAAGUUUCAACUGGAAGAAACAGAGGCCACGAAGUUGGGACUGAAAAAAGAGGAAGAGGAGGUGGAGAAGUUUAUUGUAUCCAACAUGCAGGAACUUGGAAAGGACAAAUGGUUGUGUCCAUUGUCUGGCAAAAAGUUCAAGGGACCCGAGUUUGUAAGGAAACACAUUCUAAGCAAACACAUGGAGAAAAUUGAGGAAGUAAAGAAAGAGGUAUCUUAUUUCAACAACUAUCUUAAUGAUCCUCGUCGCCUGCAACUGCCUGAACACCCAUCAGCCAAGCACGUUCCCAACCCAGUGCCCCCUCCAAUGAUGCCAGGAUUCAUUGCACCUCAUCCCUUUUACAGGCCACCUCCUGUUUAUCCUGCUGUUUACCCAGCUCCGUUUCCUAUGAGGUCCUUGGACAGUUACAGAGCUGAUUUCAGAAGGGAUGCAGCUGCUAUGCCGAGAAGAGACAAAGUACGUUCUGAUCCAAGGUCUGUGGUUAGCUAUACGGAUCUCGAUGCUCCUCCAGAUGUCGAUUGAUCGUUUAAGAGAACGUUACAUUACAUUCUUUUAGGUCUUGUUCGUUAUUAAAUGCAGAUAGUCAUCACAAUGCCAGGCUGGCAAAUUAGUUAAUUUAAUGAUUGAUAAAUAUCUUUUGGAAGGGUUUUUGAACAAUUGUUAAUGACAGUUCCUCUGAAUUUUAUUUCAUUGUACAUAGUAAGUACAUUUGACUUAAGAUGCUGUUGUAAUGCGAUGGAAAUAUUUUUUCAGAGCUCCUCUCUUAAGAAAUUAUAUGUGAAAUGCUUUACUGAUUUUUAAAUAAUAGUGAUAUGAUUGUCUAUUACGUCAAUAAAAAUAAUUAACUUUGUUAGAUUGUUGAUAAAUAAUGUCACAAAUUUAAAA